GCAGACGCAAAAAAAAAAAGAUGAGGAUGCCACAGCUCCUUGUCCUCCUCUUCACCAUUUUGGUGCACGCAGCUUCUGGUUUCCCCUCUGGUGGAAAAGCUGUGCCAGGCCGGGACAUAUAUGCUGCCUGGGACGAUGUUAAUGUGGUGGCUCAUGGCCUCCUGCAGCUGGGCCAGGCUCUGAAGGAGAACGUGGACAAGACCAAAGUCCAGAUGAGAGAAGUCAACGCCAAGCUCAGAGACUUUGGUGGCAGAGUGGACGAACUGGAAAAGAAGCAACAGCAGCAAGAAGAAGACGCUCUGCAGACCAGAGGUGCAAGAGCGGAGGAGAGGGAGAAGAUGGUUGCAGGACUCGCUGACCAGGUGAGGGAGAACGUGGAGGGGGUAAAGAAGCAGAACAAGGACAUCAACUCCAGAAUGGACAGGCUGGAGGAGAAGGUGGAUGAAGUCCUGACUGCGCCAAACCUGGACAGCAACUACAGCGAUCACUCAGGAGCUCCAUUUAUCCAGAAGCUGCUGGCAGCUCAGAACAGACGCAUCGACCAACUGGUGGAGAAAAUCAAGCAGCAGCAAGAGAAGCUGGAGAAGCAGAGUCUGCACCUGCAAACACUGCAGAGCAAAGUGAAACAGAAGAGAGUGAAAUCACAAAGACACAGAGAGGAGACGGCGCUGCAGGGAGAAAUGGAGCUCAUCAAAGAAAUACAAGAUUUGCCCAAAGACUGCAACGACGUGUUUGUGCGAGGACAGCGAACCAGCGGCGUCUACACAAUCCAACCCAACAACAGCCCGCUGUUCAAAGUCCUCUGUGAAAUCACUUCAGAAGGAGGAUGGACUGUCAUCCAGAAACGUCACGAUGGAUCCCAGAAGUUUAAUCAGCAGUGGGACAGCUAUAAGAAAGGCUUUGGCAGCAUCGAUGGUGAGUUCUGGCUGGGCCUGGAGAACAUUCACUCUCUCUCCAAACAAGGCCAGUACGUCCUGCAGGUGGAGCUCUCUGAUCAGGCGGGAGAGCGACAGACGGUGCGUUAUCAGUUCCGUCUGGACGGAGAAGAGAAGAAGUUCACCGUCCACCUGGAGCAGGAGACGUCGCCUGGACAUCAGGGGGAACAUGUCAUGUCCACUGGUCUUCCCUUCUCCACCGCUGACCAGGACAACGACCUCGCUGCAGGCGUCAACUGUGCUGAGCUGCUCUCAGGUGGAUGGUGGUUCAGCAGCUGUGGGGAGUCAAAUCUCAACGGCAGAUUCCCUGGAGAGUCAAAUGUGGACCAGAGUCAGACAAUGUUCUGGAUGUCGACAAGAGGACAGAGCAGCUCUCUGAGGACCACGCUGAUGAAGAUCACACCUGUCACCAUAAAACAAUAAGCUGCUCAGUCUGUCGCAAUAAUGUUCCGACAGAAAAAAAAAAGACUUAAAGACUGAAAUGACUACACUUGAGUAGUAAGAAGAUGAAUAAUCUCUCCUGAGGUUCUGAUAUUUCUAUGCUGUGCCAUAUGAUAACAAGUUAUCACACACAUUCGGUCAUGUUGACUGAAGCAACAUUAUUCCCUUUGUAAGGGUGUUUUAUAUAUGUAUAUAUGUAUAUAUACUGUUUUUAUACAACUGCUGUAUGUUUUUAUUCAAAUAGAGUUUCUGACUGUCAUACACUUUGAAUUUAAUUUUCUAUAUUUCAUUUAUAUGAUGUAGAAGAAAAUAAAGAUUUUAAAGGGUAAA